UGUUUGAAAGCCAUGGCGGUGCUUACUGAGGAAGCGGUUCGGGAGAGAGUUCAUCUCCGGCACCAGAACCUCGCUGAUGUCCGGUCAUUGUCUCUCCCUGGAACUUAUCAUGAAAAGAUUGCCCAUCUAGGAAAUGCUCUGAAAAAUUUUACUCGCCUAAAAUCCCUAGACCUCUCUCGCAAUGCAUUGGUUAGCUUGGAGGGGAUUCAAUACCUAACAUUUUUAGAAAAGCUUAAUCUCUACUACAAUCAAAUCACAUCACUUUCAGAAGUAUUCCGACUUCAUAGCUUAACUACACUCAAGGAAGUGGACCUUCGAUUGAACCCUGUUGUUAAAAAUGAAUCAGAUUAUCGUCUUUUUGUUGUGCACAUGCUGCCUAACUUGAGGCAAUUAGAUGACCGGCCAGUGAGAGACAGAGAACGAAAAGCAUCAUUGUUGCAUUUUGCUACAGAUCAUGCAUUUGAGCUAAAAAAUUCUUCACCGGCAGCAAGAGGGAAUGAAAUGGAAAGACCUGGCCCAGCAAGGGUACAGUACAUUAAUUCCAUGUCAAAAAAGUGUUCAGUGCUGGAUGAAGAAGAUGAAGCGGUACUAAACUUAAUUGCAAAGUGUGAAUGGGACUUGAGUAAACCUCCUGGAAUAACAGGAUCUGCUAAGAAGGACCCUGAAGUUGAAUUUCACACUUUACAAAGCAUCCGUGAAAUUGAUAAGGACCUUAUCAAAAAUCAGAAGCCUGAUGUUAGACCCACCAGCCUACAAACAUGGAAGCAACAACAAGCAAAUAUGCCUGUGGUAAAAAAGGAUGUUAGUUCCGAGAACAGAAAGAUGUCAAAAGUUCAGGAUGCUGAUGAAGAGUAUAGAAGUUUACCUUACUGUUUACCAACUCCAGCAGUUGAACAAAAUAUCAUUAAGCAGGGCUUUGAGAAAAGGAAAAAUAGCAAAGUAACGUUUUCAGAAAACAAGACUCAAGAUCCUCCCAAGGGAGACCCUAAUCUGAAAUUUCUGGAUGAGGCUGAAGCUUACAGGAAAAUCAGAGCCUGUGCUAACUUCACGCCCCAUCCAGACUCACAGGAAAUAGAUGAACCAGUAAUUUCCUCUUCAAAGAUGCAUACACAAGCUCAGAAGAUUUAUAAUACACUAUUAGUGUCUGGAUCAUAUUGCAAUGGAACAGUGCAGAAUGGAAGAGACCAACCGAUUCAAAAACAAACUUAUUCUGCAGCUUUGGAGAAGAGUAAUGGACAGUCCAGUGUUAAUACCUCUCUGUCAAAACAGGAAACAAUAGAAGAGAGUGACAGAAUAUUUCCUCCCUCUCAGGAACCUGAACCUCAAGAAAAAAGGCCUCAUAGAAAAACUGUGUGUGUAAGAGAGGUAUCUCCUGAAACACAUGAGAAACCAUCAGCCAAUAAACAUCCAUAUGAAGCAACACCAAUUGAGCGUCUUCUGGACUUAGUGGAUAGAUACUGGAAUGGUUGUAAAUCACUUCACUGCAAUGAGAAAUUUCUCUCUCAGGCAAGGCCUCUUUUGGGAGGAAUACAGAAAUUUGCACCUACAGAUCAACGCAAAGAUUCUUCCACAAUGCAUCAAGAAAUGACUAACCUGCUCUUAGAUAAACAGGCUUUGCAAAAUAAUUUAUCAGAGCAAAAGCAACGGCACAACAUUAAGAUUAGCAGUCUGACAUCAGAACUGAGCAAUGCUCAGAGAGAAAGGAAUAUUCUGAAACAACGUUUAGAUCAGUUGUUGGAGGAGAAUGCUACAUUAAAAGCUCGUCUGUUAAACAUGGAACAAAAUGUCAAAAAUGCAGAUGCUUCUAGUUCAUUACAGUUACAGCUUACAGAACUGAAAAGUCAUAAUCAACAAUUAACAAAUGAAAAUGUCAUCCUAAAAGAGCGUCUACAACAGCAUGAUAAGAUUCAGCAGCUCAUAGAUAUGUUACAGGAAAGUCACAGAACUUUGGUUUCUACUAAUGAACAUCUCCUACAAGAACUGGCAGAGACACAUAUACAACACAAGUCUGAAGUCGAACAGCUACACUGGAGCUACAAUCAGCUAAAAAAAACAAUGGAUAAAUUUCCUCAUAGCAACAUAGACAACAACAGGUGCUAGUGACAAUACAAGGAAGUUUGUUGUAAAAGAUUUAUAAGAGGUGACACCCAUGAGUGCAUUUAAUAGUGUAAAGCAAGCAUUUACAACUGUAUCAUUACAGACUGCGGUAGCUUCUCUUUUAAUUUUUUCCCCGAAUUUAUGUACUGGUUUUAAAAACAUUCUUCAACAGAGGUUUCCCCAGAACAUUUUGUUUUGACUUGGUUCGGUUUACAGAAACAUGGUUGUGCAUAAUGACAGGUUGCAGGUUGAGACCAGUUCUGGUUGAGCCCUUUCAGUCCAGUAACCAGGCUACCAAAAGCAAAGAGUGUGUGCAAAAUUAGCAUUUCUCCUUUGAAAUACGGACUCAAAAUGCCAGUGGCCAAGUUAAUUUAGGAGUAUGUAUCUAAGGGAUUUUAUAAAACUAAUUGUAAUAUAAGUUUGAAGAUAGCAUUAAUAUGUACUUGGGCACAGGGUACAGUUGCACAGAUUGUCAGCUGGGACAUCAAACAUGGUUUAAAGGGAAGAGAAACUUCUGAGCUGCUAAGGAAGCAAAAACUGUUUACAGCAUGCUCUUUCAGUUUUGCUGCUUGGGACGAGCACUUGUAACAAGAGGUGAAAGUUUACAAAGAGUUCAUGUACAGUGGUCCUUAGCCUAUGUAUGAUAGGUCAGUAACUUCGCUAUUUUUUCUAUGUUAAACAGCAUGGUCAAACCUUUUCCCUAUAGCCUUUUUGUGUCAGCCUCAAAAGUCAGUAUUGUCCAUGACUUGCAUUUUAUUUUAUGCUGCAUAAAAGCUGGCUAAGGGAGUUACAGCGGGCAAGGAGAGAAAGACAGCAUGGUGGAAGACAGUCUUCCAUUGUUGUGGCUUCUGUAGCUGUCACUGAUGAAGGCACUGACCAGCUCUCAGCAUCAGUAAUCCAUGUCCCGCUCCCUGACAGCUGCAGGAGAAAAUCUAUCCCCAUGUCAGGAUGCUGUUCUGUCAUGUUGGUACCUAGCCCAAAACAUCUCUUGAUGAUUGCACGGUGAACUUUUAUUGCAACACCCUAAAAUAGAGAAAACCUAAAAAUAAAGUGGUACUUCAUGAGCUCUGCAUGUAACUACAUAGCUAUGCCCAGGAUGGUAUUUCAAGCUCUGGUACAUUUUAGACCACCUCAUUUUCAUGGGCUUCUAACCGAUUGAAAAGUUUGUAGUUGUGUGCGUGUGUGUGCAUGCAAUGGGGUGUUUUCUUUUCUUCUUUGUAUUUUUCAAUCCAAAAUUUUGUAAGAGGAUUUGCUUACCUUCACCUUUCAUGGGUUUGACUGAAGGAGGAAAGAUGUAUCAUGAAAUGAUGUUGGAAAUUCAAAUAAAAACAGACUUCUGUCAGAAUAUAUGUUGGCAAAAAUUAACCCUGGAUGUGGCUAUUAUUGAGUGGAAUUGUCUCCAUUGCAUUGUACUUUAUUUGUAAAAGGAAGAAAAAGGGAGAUCUAAAAAGAAAAAAAAUCAGUAGCUGCUUUAAAAACUGUUUUAUAUCAGUCAAGAUAUUUUUCCAUCAGUAAAUCUAGUGGCAGCUCAACUUGUCAUACCAAGGCUAAACAGUCUUGUCUGAUUUUUGUUUUUUUAUGUAACAGCUAAAUGUUUUCAGCAAUAUAAAUGAAUCAGGCCUAAUGUGUUUUUGCGAAUCUAAUUCAUAGUUUUUCUGAAGUUUUUGUUCUUGUUUUUUCCUAAUAAAAUCAGAUUAUUUGAUCUCACUUACUAGCUGCUGAAUUCUGACAUCAGAAAGUAAAUAUGUCACUUUUCCUGACAGCCAUUUUUCAAGUAAAAAGCAUUACAAUUUCAUAUUUAACUUUAAACAGUGAAGGGUUAUUUUAGUUAGAGCAUUCAAAAAACAAUGUCAGACUUACCCAAGACAUUGUUUUCAAUGUGGACAUAAGCUUUUGACACCUUUGAAGAAUACUUGUUUGUGUACUGUUUGUAUAUUAUAGAGUAACAAGGCAUAAUCAUUUUGAAUAAUGUACAGCUGUCUCCAUGUACAGAUGCUCCAAAUGCAGCCAUAUAGGUCUCUCUGGAAUCUUACAAAUAAACUUUUAAUUUGUUUACUAAAAUAUAUAUUUACUCUUUUCUGCUGAUGGCAGUCCAUUCGCAAGUAAAGAUUCACAAAUCACAUGCAUCAUGUGGGCUGUCACUGAUUCAUGACUGGCAAAAUUAAGUGCUAAUUUGAAUGGGAUAGGUUAGAUUGUACUGGGCGACUUUUUAGACUAAAGCGACAGAAGGAAAACAGGUUGAUGCGAGGAAGACACUUUAUAAUUUGGGAAGAGGUUCUUUCCCCUCUCAACUGAUCCAAGGAGUAUUUCUGCAAGUAAACAUAUCUUUCUAAACCAAAGUCCUGGCACUUGAUUAUCACCAUAUAUCAUCAUAGAUGCUUUAGUUGUUUGCCCCAGCAUUCUGGCUACGCAUCCAUUUGAGUAACUGUCCGUUCUGUCUUCCAGGACUGUUGAUUACAGUAAUCUGCACUUACCCUCCUAAGCUGAGAUGGAGUUUUGCUUUGCACUGCUUUCCCCUACCACAGACCCAUUUCAGUUCUGAUUUAUCAAAAUGCAUGGUGCUGUACAAAUGUUAAGACCCCGUAUACAGAAAAUGAAAGCAGAUCAUCACCUUUGCUUCACACAAAUGUAUACCUUCCGGGAUAUGUAUACCUCGAAGUCAAAGUAAAGGAAUUCCCUUUUACAAUGGAGACAGGAUGGAGAAAAGGGUUCUAAGAGAAAAAUGUAUGCACAUUGGUAAGAAAUGACCAAAAUCCCAAUUUUCAAGUUCUCAAUGAUCUUUACUCUUAAAAAGAGAAAAGGGCUUGUUUUAUUAAACUUGGCUUUCUCAUUGGGGCAGAGGAUGAUAAAUACAUAAGACUGUGGGAAACAAAGGUCACUUUUCUUCUCAUAGUGAAAAGCAGGCAAUGCAGAAGCUUAAAAUGGGAGCAAAAAGGAUAAGCUAGGAGAAAAAAAUUAGGAAGUGCCAGAGCCUAGAAAAUACUCUCAGCCAAGAGGCAGUGUCUUCACUGCAGAUUUAGUUCCAGUUAUUUGGAUGUAAUCCUUAAUCCCUCCCUGUCUCCACAUACUGCCUGCUUACCUGGAUGGUUGCAACCAUGGCCCAACUGAAGUAAUGGUUUCAUGGCCCAGUUCCACUUUCAUGAAGAAUAGUCACCUACCUAUUUUGCCAGAAACAUGGAGGAUAUAUCAACUGAAUACUGUUAGUUCUACAGGACCUUCCAUGUGCCCAAAAGGACAGAUAUGUUUGUCCAUAAUUCACAGAAAAAGAGUUCUAGAGUUCAUUGCAGCACAUAUAGCUAUAGCCUAUUCCAGAAAAGCAACACUAGUUCACAUAGGAGAGAGAAGCACCACUGGAGACAGACAUGUGUGUGAUACUUUACAGUGUGGUAGUUAACACCCAGAACUGGACCAGAGCACCUGUCAUUAGGAUGAAAUGCAUUAAAGAUAUAUCCUGAAAGCAUGAAAAGAAAUAGAACAAUCAGGAUUAGUGUGAUAGCAUAAUCGUUAUUUCCGUCCAUCUAUUUCACUAUAUAAAUUCACUGCGUGAGUAGGGGUAAAGGAAGAAGAAGAAGUCAAUAGACAAAAAAAAAGGCUGUUGUGAUAUAGAGGCAGAUGGGACUAGUGAUUUUGGUAUAACCAACCAAAACAUUCAGGUCACUUUAAUGCUAAGAACCACUAAAUCUUUUGUGCCAGUAUACUUUUGGCAGUCUUUUGAUGGCAAAUCAGUUUGUGUUUGCAACUGUUGCAAAAGCUUUUAACUCAGCUAUAUUAUCCUAAGAUUCAAACUGUGUUUUAUUUUCAGAACAUGGAAAAUUAAAUUUAUGCACAUGUUCUAAGCAUCCAAUUUGGUUUUUAAACAAAUACUACCACAAGGGUAAAGUAUAAGUGCAUGGCAUGCACCUGCACUGAAUGUUGUUAUGUGCAUUCCAGACCUAGGUAAUUUAUAAUGAUUCCUUACAAACACCUUCACAGUGUAAACCUUGUAUGUUUUACAUAUGCUAAACUGGCUAUAAAUAAAGGAACAGAUGAGAUCUAAUAGGAGCUAGCAAAGGAGCUAAAUCAGCUUUCAGACAAUACACAUGGUAUUCUUUUAUUAUCAGAGCAUACAAUACUUUAAUGCCAAAUUGCCCUUUGCCUCUGUAAAUAUUGUUUCAAAUAUUGCUUUGUUUUUUGCUAUAUAAAAAUUCACUAUUGUCAAUGGAUAUGUAGUGCUGAAACUUUGACAUAUCUCUUAAUGAUCCCGUUUGCAAUUCUUUGUUGAUUCCAAAGUGGAUUGCCUUGGAUGCCACCAUUACCUAAGUCAGUGGUUCUCAAACUUUUUUGGACCAGGACCCAUUUAUAAACAUUGGCCAGUCCCAACCCAGUGCCUCUCACUUCUGACUC